AUUUCUCUUUAUGUACACUUGACAUAUAAAAAUUUCAACUCUGAGAAUAAUUCGUGCCGUUUGUUAAACACAGCUUCAGACGGUAGCGUUACUGUUGUGUUUUCGAGCGUGAUUACCAACUUAAAGAACAGUGAGACCGGAUUGUAAAAUAAUAUGCUAGAAACCAGAAGAAUCUGAUUUAAAUUCUCAUUGAAAGAUGCAAGCAACACGUGAGAUAGAAAAUAUCAACGUAUAGCAUGAAAAAUAAGAAAGUCAAAAUGACAUUCCGUAUCAAGAUAUGUGAAUUUGCCUAAAUUUAAAUGCCUAAAUUAUUUGGAAUAACCUUAAAUGACAAAAUUCUAAGAUAUGUGAUUCAUAUUUGGUUGCAUUGCUGAAAAAGAAUCAUGAAUCGUCGUGUUACAUGUCCAACUAGUGCACAAUUACCGUAUCACGUAGUUUCGCAUAAAAUUGACAAUAAUAUUUUAACCAUUAAAUUACCUAAAGAUAGACACCCGAUUGAACAUCCCGUUCAAGCCGUGGAUAGACAAAUUGACGAGCCUAUUGAUGUUAAUUGUUCGGAUAAAUAUGGUGAGAAAUGCAAGAAAGGCUGUCCGAAAAUUAAUAUAUUGCAUAAUCAAGAACCUCCUGCUAAAAAACCGGAGGAAGAAAUGUUAUUAUUAAGGACAACAAGACAAAUUACUCCCACCAACGAUAUGAAGCACAGUCUUGAAGUGGAAUUUAAGUCACCACGAAAUUAUAUCCCAUUGCCAGAACCAGGACCUACUCCGCCCAUAAUUAUUCCGAAACAACCUGUUAUCUUGAAGAAACUUGAAAAUAAUAUGGGUAAAGGUAAAAAAAGUACAAAUAAAGGAAGAAACAAGAAGAAAUAAAACAAGAAGAUAAAUGUCAAGCAACACUUUUAAACACCAUUUGCGAGAAAUAUUUUAUUUGUGUAAGAAGUCUAGAAAGAAAUCCUAAUUUGCGAUGUACAACAAGGCCAAUGAUAGAUACUUGGAAAAGUAAACUCGCGAAUCCAAUAAAACUCUUUUAAAGUAAA